GCGAACACUUCCUGUUUCCUAGUAACAAUAGGAAGUGUCCGCGGAGCCGGGGGAGAUCUCGGGCUCGUGCCAGCUGAGCUCCCUUUCCUUUCCCCCUCCUUCCCCUUCCCUUUUCCCUCCCCACUUUCCCUUCCUCCUCUUCCUUGGCUUCCUGGCCUGAGCGCGCUUGCGCGUGGACGAGAGACCCUCUCCCCCCCCCUCUUGGGGGGGGAAACUUGAGUGGGCAUCGGGCGACUGACUACUCCUCCCCCUCCCCCACCCCCUCCCUACCUCACAGAACUCUUCGGCGGUUGGGGGGGGGUUAUGGGGGAGGAGGAAGAGUAGUGGUCUUCAUUGUGCGCACGCGCGAACGGCCCUUCAGCCUUCGUGAGACUCGGACAUCCCCCCCACCCCGUUCGACCGUUGCCCUGUACGAACGAACGCAACCUUGUCGUCUUCUACACCUUCCGACCUCCCUCCCCACCCCCACUCCCCCAAUUUAAUUCUCAGUCCCUAGGGAAACGAAGGACUUUGGGCCCCUCCCAAUCAACUGGUGAGCUGGAGGCAGGGAGCUCAGAGAGGGACCAGCGUCCUCUCCCCGCCCCCAGGGAGGCGAGAUCCUCAGUUGGAGAAUAGUGAUACAGAGAAACUCUGAGUUGGAUCCCCAGCAACUUAUAUAAGUCCCUUUUGCUGCUUCUUCAGAGCAAGAAGAUGCUAUUACCACUUGCCUGUGUUUCCUGAGCAUUCUGCAGUUUGCCUUGCCACCUCAUGGAGGAUACCCCUGCUUUGAUCAGCUGCCCUGAUUGUCAGCGUCAUUUCCCCAGCCUUCCAGAACUGGCACGUCACCGUGAGCUGCUCCAUCACUCACCUCCAAACAGGAAUGAUGAUGAAGCUGAUGGGAUUCCCCGGCCAUACCGAUGUGUACAGUGUGGGCGGGGUUACCGUCAUGCAGGUAGUCUGGUCAAUCAUCGACGGACCCAUGAGAUUGGUCGUUUUCCCUGUACCACAUGCAACAAAGACUUCUCCAAUCCUAUGGCCCUCAAGAGUCACCUGAGGACUCAUGCCCCAGAGGGCCGCAGGAGGCAUAGGCCUCCCCACCACAAAGAGGCUGCAUCAUAUAGCCAGGGCCAGAUGACUACCACUAACAUUUGGGGAAGUGUGCCUGGUUCUCGGGAAAACUGGGACAACCAGACAAGCCAUGGACAAAGUACACAUGUAUGGGAGGCUGGGCCUGAUCCUAGAGAAUCUUCUAGUACCUGGGAAAAGCCACCUGGACACAAGGAUGACUGGGAGAACAAGACAGAUUCUAAAGAGAGUAUAGAGGGAUGGGGAAACACAUCAGGUUCUACAAUGUCCCCUGCUCUGCCUGCUCCAGCCAAUAGCCUUCUUAGCAAUUUAGAGCAGUACUUAGCUGAAUCCAUGGUAGAUUUUACAGGGAAUGAAAGACCACCUCAGUCCCCCCCUGCUGAGGAUGAACGUCGGUAUAAGUGUGGACAGUGUGGCAAAACCUAUAAACAUGCUGGAAGUCUAACCAACCACCGUCAGAGCCAUGCCCUAGGUGUCUAUCCCUGUGCUGUGUGCUUCAAGGAGUUUUCUAACCUUAUGGCUCUAAAGAAUCAUUCUAGGUUACAUACUCAAUAUAGGCCUUAUCAAUGUCCUCGUUGUCCUCGAGCUUUCCGGCUGCCUAGUGAAUUGUUGGGACAUCAGCAAGCCCAUGAGGGGGAAGGGAAGGAACUAUCCUGGGAAGGAAAAGGAGAGCCAUCUGCUAAUGGAGAAAGUGGACAUGAUAGAAAUCAGUUUCAUGAUACUAAGGAACUUAAUGCCUCUGGGGAGUUAAAUACUUCUGGAGAGCUUGAUGCCAGAGAGCUUAAUGAUGGUGGAUUAGAAGAAUAUAGGCCUUUCCGUUGUGCUGAUUGUGGCCGUACUUACCGACAUGCUGGGAGCCUUAUCAAUCACCGGAAGAGUCAUGAGACUGGUAUCUAUCCAUGUCCAGUCUGUCCAAAGCAGCUAUUCAAUGCUGCAGCCCUUAAAAACCAUUUACGGGCUCAUCUUAAAACUCGUCGUAGUGGAGGGGAAGAGGAACAGCAUCAACCACCACCUCCAACACCACUGCCUUCCCUAAUGGCAGCAACACGACCAGAAGUUGACCCAGAGGAGGAAGAGAAUCCUGUUACUCCAACUACUACCACAGACCAUCGCCCUUAUAAAUGCAGUGAAUGUGGACGGGCUUACCGUCACCGGGGAAGCUUGGUAAACCACCGACACAGCCAUCAGACUGGUGAAUAUCAGUGUUCCCUUUGCCCUCGCCAGUAUCCAAACCUCAUGGCCCUCCGCAAUCAUGUGAGGGUGCAUUUUAAGGCAGCACGACGCAAUGGGAGUCAAGGGAGAGAGGAACCAUUGAGUCAUGAUGGGGAAGAUAUCACACUUGGCCUAGAAAGGGAAGAUUCUACCCCUAGUCAAGAGGAGUACCACCCAGAAGAGAAGAUAAAACAGACAACCCAAGGGGAAGAAGAUCCUAAUGAAGAAGGGACAAUGGACAGCCAUCCAGAAGUAGAUAUGGCAGUAGCACAAAUAUGUGGUCUUUGUGGGAUGCUUUUUGAUGAUGUACAAAGCUUAAAACAACAUGGCCAAACCCAUCAUGAAGGGGAGGGUAAUAAAACUGAGUCAGUGGAGUCACCUCCAAGAGCCUAUUCCUGUAGAGAUUGUGGAAAAACUUAUCGACAUUCAGGAAGUCUCAUCAACCACAGACAGACCCACCAGACAGGUGACUUUGGUUGUGGGACAUGUGCCAAGCACUUUCAUACUGUGGCAGCCAUGAAGAGCCACUUACGACGUCAUAGUCAGAGGUGGAACAAGAGGCAUCAGCAGCAGACUGGUGAAAUCACUGAUGGAAGCAGCAGUGGAGUGAUGGUAACAAAUAGAAGUGAAUCCUCACCAGAGGACUACCAGGAAAAGGAUUUGGUCGUGAAAGAAGAAAAAGAGAAAAAUGACUUUCAUAAAGAUGUAAAAGUGAAUGGAAUCAAUAUGGCCAAUGGCAAGUUGGAAAACAAUGAGAACUGUUUUCAGGGGGAUAUUCAGCGUGACAAAUGUAAGCAAGAAAAAAAUGAGGCCUGCUUCCAGAGUAAUGAAGAUGGCAAAACCAAUGAAGAAAGAUUGGAAGGGAAGCAGUCCUGUUUCUUUGGGAAGUUAGUAACAACAAGCAGUAAGGGAGGCAAUGGGGAUAUGCCAGUUUUGGUAGAAGGGGAACAUAAACAGGAGAGUGUAUGUGAUGCCAUUUCCCAUGGCCCUGAGGCUCUCAAUGGUUGGCGGACCUCUGGCCACCACACAUGUCAUGACUGUGGGCGAUCUUUCCACCAUACAGCUGGCUUACUGAACCAUCGACCUUGCCAUCCACCAGGCAUCUAUCAGUGUUCACUCUGCCCUAAGGAAUUUGACUCACUCCCUGCCCUACGCAGCCAUUUUCAGAACCAUGGACCAGGAGAGGCCACAUUAGGGCAGCCUUUUCUUUGUUGCCUUUGUGGCAUGAUCUUCCCUGGACGGGCAGAUUAUAGACAGCAUAGAAGUCAGGCCCAUGAUUCCCCGGGUGAGAGCCAAGGUUCUUCAGAGGAUGAAGAGGAAGAGGAAUUGGCCUCUAACUCCACUCCCUUGCAACUCUCAGAAGCAGAGCUACUAAAUCAAUUGCAGCGGGAAGUAGAGGGACUGGAUGGAGCUGGCUAUGGGCACAUCUGUGCCUGCUGUGGCCAGACAUAUGAUGACCUAGGAAGUCUGGAGCGCCAUCAUCAAAGUCUAGGGAAUAUUUCUGUAGAUAAAAUUGAUGAGACUUCUGCAGACAUGGGAGAGAAGAAUGAGAUCUUAGAAACAACUGUGGGUGAUAGUUCUGAAAGUACUGUGGACCCUAUCUCUCAAGAUGACACAGGUACUAAUUCUGUGGAGUGUUUUGACUCUAUGUCCAGAGACGGUAUGGAAGCUGUAGGGACUGUGGAUGCGACUUCUGUACUAGAGAUAGAAGGCACCAAUGUAGAAGCUGCUCCUGAAGCCUUUUCUUCUGCCCAGCCUCGUCCCUUUCAAUGUAGUCAGUGUGGUAAGACCUAUCGCCAUGGUGGGAGCCUGGUAAACCACAGAAAGACACAUCAAACAGGAGAUUUUGCCUGUCCUAUCUGUGCCCGAAGAUAUCCCAAUUUGGCUGCCUACCAAAAUCAUUUGCGUAAUCAUCCUCGUUGCAAAGGGGCAGAACCCCAGUUAGGGGUCAACCCUAUGGUGGAAAGCAGGGGAACACAAACGGCAACAGAGAUGCCAUUAGAACAGCAAGAAAUUAAAGAGGAGGCAGUGGAAGAAAUAUCCAUUAAGAAAGAGCCAGAAGAAACCACUAUAAAGCAGGAGGAAGUGGAAGUGCCCCUAAAAGACAGUGGCAUAGAAGAGGGGAAUUCAGAAGAAGCCAGUAUGGAUCGUCCCUUUGGCUGUGAAUUGUGUGGUCGGACGUAUAAACAUGCUGGUAGCCUCAUCAACCAUCGCCAAAGCCAUCAAAUAGGACACUUUGGCUGCCAGGCAUGCUCCAAGGGCUUCUCUAAUCUCAUGGCUCUCAAAAACCAUCGACGUAUUCAUGCUGAACCCCGUCGGUUUCAUUGUGGAGAAUGUGGUAAAGCUUUUAGGUUGCGGAAACAGCUGGCUAACCAUCAGCGUGUCCAUGGGGAGCAACAAAAUGGCAAUUCAGGAGUUGGAAAGCUGCUGCCAAAAUCAUCCUCACUAUCACGAGAUGAACGACCUUUCCGCUGUGGGCAAUGUGGAAGGACUUACCGGCAUGCGGGAAGCCUCCUAAACCAUCGGAGGAGCCACGAGAUAGGACAAUACAGUUGUCCAACCUGCCCUAAAACAUAUUCAAACCGUAUGGCACUAAAGAACCACCAGCGCCUACACUCAGAAAGUCGGAGACGACGGACAGGAAGGGCAAGGCGUGGGUGUGGGCCUCGGGUAGCUGUUCGCUGUGCCCUUUGUAGCCGCAGUUUCCCUAGACGGGCAUCUCUAGAGAGGCAUUUACAGGAGCAUGAGGCAUCGAGUAAGAAGGAGCUAAAUGUAAUUAAAGUAUUCAGCCAAACAACUGUCAAAGAUGAGAGUCAAGCAGAUAUCAGUGAACUAGAAGGAAGAUCACGUGAGUAUGAAGUUGGAGCUCAGGGUGAUAACCAAACCAAGGGCACAGAAGAAUUAGGUCAGGGUCCCAGUGGGUUAUCAGGUAGUCAGGAAGGCAAGGGAGAGUCCUUCUCUUGGAUCACUGGGAAAACAGAUGGGUGGUAUAUUAAUGAGACACCAGUGAGUAAGCCAGGUAGCCAAGAACAUGCUACCUUCAGUGACUUUGGAUUUGGGAGUCCAUGCAGACAGGAAGAUAAUCAACCUAAUGAGCCAGAUUUAAGUAGCCUAGAAGGUUGGGAUAGUGGGCAGACCCAGGACCAAGAUAGCAGUUCUCAAUCCCAGCUAGAACUCCGCCCUUUUUGCUGUGCACAGUGUGGCAAGACCUACCGUCACGCAGGCAGCCUUCUAAACCACCGCAAUACCCACAAAACAGGCCAAUACUAUUGUCAACUCUGCUCUAAGGAAUUUUCAAAUCCCAUGGCGGCCAAAACCCAUGGUCGUAUUCACACAGCAACCCGUCGCUUCAAGUGCCCUCACUGUGGAAAAGCUUUCCGUGCCUCCCGUGAGCUGACCAGCCAUCAGCGAACCCAUGCCAUGGGUCAAGGACAGGCCCCACCUCGGGCAGAGGAAGCUGAUGGGCAAGAGAUCGAGACUAAAAGGGAUAUGGAAGAUAAGUAUACGUCAGGGCAAGGGGAGACUCAUAGAGCCACCAAAGAAAUAUCAGGGUCUGAGAUAGCUGUGAAGGAAGCAAAAGAGGGGCUAAAACAAGCCAUAGAAGAAGAACGUCCCUUCUGUUGCACCCAGUGUGGGCGUUCUUAUCGUCAUGCUGGCAGCCUGUUGAACCACCAAAAAGCUCAUGCUACAGGUCUUUAUCCUUGCUCCCUCUGCCCCAAACUACUGCCUAACCUAUUGGCCCUCAAGAAUCAUGGAAGGACACACACAGAUCCAAAGCGCCAUCGUUGUGGUGUUUGUGGGAAAGCCUUUCGGACAGCAGCCCGACUAGAAGGCCACAGGAGAGUCCAUGCACCUCGGGAGGGACCCUUCUCUUGCUCGCAUUGCCCUCGCCGCUUCCGCCGCCAAAUCAGCUUCUUGCAGCACCAGCAACAACAUGAGGAGUGGACAAUGACUGGCACUGGAGAUUCACAGUCACCUACAGAAGGAGGUGGGGAUCUCACAUCUCCUCUCAAUCCACCCCCAUGACUCUGGUCCUAGACCCUUCACUCCAGUGGCCUCCAGACCUCGGCUUCUCCUCUGAACUGUUUUUCCCAAAGACUGGGACAUCGGGGUUCUUAUUUCUGCUUUUAACUCAGGAGAGUUUGGAUAUCCGGAUCUCUUCUGUCAUGCUCUUGGGAAGUUCUCAGGAGAGGGGCAGGAUAGAACACGGUUAGAGAUGCUUUCUUCCCCUUCCUGCCAAUGAAAGAUCUAGGAAGGGGAGGAAAUCCCAACCCUGGAGAAAAUGUUUCUGCCCUUUUGCCAUUUCUCUCUGGCUCCCAUUUUUUGCUAUAUGGGGCUAAUUUUCCAGGAUGCUGGCUAUCCAGUUUUUAGGAAAGGAUUAGAGCUGUACUAAGUUCUUCCCCCUCCCCCUCCCCCCCCCCUCUUCCUUAGCAUCAAGGACCCUAGAUCUACUGUGUGGGUCAUAGAAAGAGGGAUAUAGGACAAAGGAACCUUGGAGUCUUAAGAAUGAAGGGGAGGAAAAGCAUAGGUUCAAAGGAGAUAUCUAGACUCCCAUCGAGGGAGAAGGGAAUGAGAUUUCUCCCUUGGGGAAAAGCCUUUUGCUACAAUUUGUAACUUAUUUUCUAAAGUCUAUUUUGUAAGGUUUUAUUUAAGUUUUAAAAAAGGGGAAAUUUGCUCCAAAAAAAAGGAAAUUUUAAGAAAAAAGUUGGCUUUUAGUAUGUAUUGUGUUAUCUGGCAUUUGGAGAAGGGAGAAAAUCUAUUCUGGGGCUUUGUGUGGUGGGACAUGAUGCAUGGGUUGGGUGGGGAGGAGUGCAAUGACAUUUAGGGAAGAUUAUACAGAAAUCUCCCUGUUCUGCCAGGGAUAACUUGGGAGGUAAAGGGGGGAGUGUCUUAAUGGUGGUGUUCUGUCUUCUGCCUCUUCCUGCCUCUGCAGUGCUCAUAUUUCUUCCCAAGUUCAGCUGGGUUCCUGUAUUCUUAUGGAGCCAGGCUUACAAGAUGAUGGUCUUUCCAAAAGGCCUGUCCUUGUGAAGAGGGAGCAAAUGGCCUGAUCUCUCAAAGGCCAUUAUGUGUCAAGUCC